AAUAUGUUCCUGCAGGUUUUGAUUCCUCGGAUGACAGGCCAGCCACUUGAUGAGACAAAGCUGAACAAAGCUCUGGCUGAAUUGAAUGGAACCUUGGACAUUUUAGAAUCAAUGUUUCUGAAGGACCAGGCCUUCCUCUGUGGUGAUGAGAUGACAUUAGCUGAUCUAUUGGCCAUCUGUGAACUGAUGCAGCCACUUGGAGCAAAUCGUGACAUAUUGAAAGAUCGUCCAAAAUUGAUCGCCUGGCGUAACAGAGUGCAGUCGGCACUGGGGAAAACAUUUGAUGAUGUGCAUUUUUUGCUUUAUCAACUAAGAGAUAAAGCUAGGCUUUAA